CUUGUUUAUGUUUGUCAGCUGACUGGCAAGCGUCUUGGCGGUGGUGGGCAGAGAGUCGGGAGAGAAUUCAUGGAAAAAGACACCGAAAGAAUAUUUUGUUUGCCAAUGAAUGUGCCCAAUAGUUGACUUUAUGAAUGCCAUCAAGAAAACACUGAGUGCCCGCUGGCCAGCCCUCCACGUGGUACUUGGGAACGAGUCAUGUGACCUGGACUCUGCCGUCAGCGCCAUCGUGUACGCCUUCCUCCUCCAUUCCCUGCAGAAUGGCGAGGAGGCGGUGGGUGUGGUGCCCGUGCUUAACAUUCCUGCCGGCGAGUACCCACUCAAGACGGAGGUGACCCACUGGCUGCAGAAACAUGGCAUCCUCCAGAACUCUCUCAUCUUCAGGGAUGAGGUGAAUCUGAGCCGCCUUCAGGAGGGCGGCUCGCUGAGAGUGACCCUCGUAGACCACCACGUGCUGCCCCCUGCCGACGCCUACCUGGAAUCCUCGGUGGUGGGCGUGCUGGACCACCGCCCCUUAGACCCCAACGCCCCGACCAACGAGAGAGUAACGAUGAUAGUUGAGCCCGUGGGAUCAUGCUGUACCUUGGUGGCGGAGCAGGUGAUGGCCAAGAACCCCGCUCUGUUGGAUCCCGUCACCGCCAGCCUCUUGUAUGGUACCAUCAUCCUGGACACUGUGAACCUGAAUCCUGCAGCCAAAAGAGUCACGCCUAAGGAUAUUGAAGUAGCAUCUCAGCUGGCCCGCCUCAUGUCCCCGCCCCCCAGCAGCUUCCGCAUCGUGCACCACGCGUCUGGAGGUGUUCAGGAGCUGACGGAGGCCAAGGCUGACGUGUCUGGCCUCACCUGCGACCAGCUGCUGAGGAAGGACUUGAAGGUGGCGACUGGGGGCGGCCUGCGUGUGGGCGUGGCCUCGGUGCCGCUGCGAGUGACGGAUUUUCUGGGGAGGAGUGAGGGCGGGCGGUAUCUGGCGGAGCACCUGGUGACGCAAGGCUACCAAAUGCUGCUGGUCCUCGGCGUCACCAUCACGCAGGAGACGGUGACGAGGGACCUGGCCGUCUACUGCCCCGACACCCACAUCAGAGAGCAGGUGACGUCAGCGCUGGUGGAGGGGCAGGGCGGAGUUCUCCAACUGGCGCCCCAGGAGUGUGAGGACGUGGAGGGUUGGGUCGCCUUCCGCCAGGGCAACGUGGGCGCCUCCAGGAAGGUGGUGAUGCCUAUCCUGAAGGCGUGGCUGGCGACGAGGACCUCUUAAAGUACUUACCAGCAUCUACACACACACACACACACACACACACACACACACACACACACACACACACACACACACACACACACACACACACACACACACACUCGGCUUGCAGUAGACAUCUAAGUACUUAAAAUGACACACACACACACACACACACACACACACACACACACACACACACACACACACACACACACACACACACACACACACACACACACCUGCAGCAUCUUUAUCCCGGUGUGUGUUUAGGCUUAACGUCCUGUAUGUUUUUCUCUGUGUUGUUUGUUUUAUUGUUUUUUUUUAAUCACUAUUACUGUUUUUACCGCGUGCAAUCUCCAAAUUUUUGACUCAGAGUACAGCUACAUGCUCUUUUUGUUGUUUUUUUAUUUAGUUGUUGUUGUUGCUGUUGUUGUAGCUUUGCGACCACUAACUAACAUUAUUUUAAUUGUUUUAAAAGAGAUUCAAAAUAUAUACGUACUUAAAUAACAAA